UCUAAAGUGUUCCAUCUUUUUUUCUUUUGGCUUUAAGACCAACUUCCUAGCACAGUAGGUGAUUUUCUUUUCAUUGAAGACUCCAUAGCUUCCCCCCUCCCCCUUUUUUCUCACUCUUAAGCCAUGGAUACCGCUCAGUGGCCACAGGGAAUUGGGGUAGUUGAGCACAUGGAAGCUUCAAGACCUAUGGUGGAGAGAAGGGCUAGGCCUCAGAAGGAUCAAGCUUUGAACUGUCCCAGGUGCAAUUCAACUAACACCAAAUUUUGUUAUUAUAAUAACUACAGUCUUUCUCAGCCAAGAUACUUCUGCAAGACUUGUCGAAGGUAUUGGACGGAAGGUGGUUCCCUAAGGAAUGUUCCUGUUGGAGGAGGUUCAAGGAAGAACAAGAGAUCUUCAUCAAAGAAGCUUGGUGAUCUGACCCCACCUGGUCUUCCUCAUUCUACUUCUCAAAACCCUAAGAUCCAUGAAGGUCAAGACCUUAACCUAGCUUAUCCACCGCCAGCUGAAGACUACAAUAGCUUGUCAAAAUUCGUAGAGGUGUCCUUUAACACUGGUAACAACAGCAACCACCAGAACCCUAGCUCCUCCUCAACUUCGGGUCAUCUCAAUGCCAUGGAGCUGCUGAAGACUGGUAUUAAUUCAAGAGGUAUGAGUUCAUUCAUGUCGAUGCCCCUUUCUGAUUCAGACACAGUGUACUCAAGUGGGUUUGCAGUGCAAGACUUCAAACCGACUCUCAAUUUUCCUCUUGAUGGAUUUCAAACUGGCCGUGUGAAUCUUCAAGGCGUACAAGAAAGUGGUGCAAGGCUUUUGUUUCCAAUGGAGGAACUGAAGCAGGUUCCAAGCACUACUAAAGAAUUGGAGCAGAAUAGAGGCCAAGGAGAAUCAACUGGAUAUUGGAAUGGAAUGUUGAGCCGGGGACAUUGGUGAAAUGAACAGCCAAAUUUAACAAUAUGGUUAAACAGGACGAAGUUGGUGUUUUUUCCGCUUUUCUUCUUUCAUGGUCGGUGACUAGUUUGAUGUUUGAUUACUAACGGUGAGGGUACAUGGGCUUCAGUCUUUCUUUCAACUUUAUCCUAUUGCUACUUUCCCUUUUACUUGUAAUGUUGUAGUACCUUUCGCUACUCUUUGAUCAGUGUGGGUGUUUGAAGCUUCUUUUUAGAUCGGCUUCAAAAGGUUGACGCUAAAUGCUGUCCAUAAAUAGAAAGCAGCAGAGGACUGUGAAAAGAAUUUUUUUCUCCUUUCUUUUGAGAGCUUCCAGCUAUAAGACGAGAGAAACUAGAGUUCUUGGCUACUUGCUGCCUCUUGGGGUUGCAUUGCUCACAGUUGCACUGUUAAUUUGGUUCACAUGUAAUUUUUCACCACAGCUUGGGGUGUGAUUCAGGAAUCAGGGAUCCUCUCUCCGGUGUCUUAUGUUGUUGAUUUUCUAAUAAAUGUUCCAUGCUGUUUGGUAACCAAAGUUCAAAAAAAAGAAAAAAGCAUGUUAGCAGUUUGAUGAACAUAUAGUGAUUUUGGUUGAAUCAAAUUUGUUAAUUUUAAUUUAACAUUGGGAUUUGGUAGGGUGAGUUGGAAUGAUGGGCAU